AUGGAUUUACAGAGCAAAGGACCAACGGCUGUCAACUUUAUAUCAGACAAGAUGGAGACAUUGCAAGUGCCUGACAAUGCUUCUCCCAAUUGCCAGUACAUCAAAGACGGAAAACUGCACUUUAUAGAGCCCAAACUUCGAGCAGAGAACCACCAUGCCGUAGCAGAGAAGAUCAUAUUUUUCAGACAGUACAGAGCGCAGACAGAGGGCACAGCAGAGAUGUUUCAACAGACCAUUGAGAUACCACCAGCGUACAUGGACCUUAUUGCUGCUCUUGUACAAGACAGUGACGAGCCACUCACUGUGCUUGUUGCUCGUGUCAAUGAUACAUUAUCUCCAUUCGCCAGAAGUGAAAAGGCUGCCCAUAAAUACGAUAUUGCUAUUGAAAAAGCCAUUCGACAAACAGCUCAAAAGUGCUCGUACGGACUUGGCCAGCAAGUCUUUGAUUCCAUAGAACACUCGAUGGCCAAUAUACCAUGGCACCUCAGCAUCAGCAGGUGGGAAGUCUAUGACAUUUCAUCGCUGCCCACCGACAUGCAGCAAAUUGUGACAGAGAGAAGAAAACAUAGGCAGAUCAUGACAGAACAGGUCUCUGCUUACAUCCAAAAUCUGCCACCUAGUGAGAAAUCCACCAUUGUAAAUACCAAGCAUCGCAACAGAUCCAUCUACAAAGAAGACAAGGACGAUACUGCGAGACUAAAACCAGUAGAAACAGAACAGGAAAAGGAAGAGAAGCGCCUGAAGCGAGAAGAGGAAAAGAAGAAGCGGGAGGAGAAGAAGCAGCGAGAAGAGGAAAAGCGACUACGAGAGGAGGAGAAGCGAAAGCAGAGGGAGGAGGAGAAGCGCAUUCGCACAGAAGAGAAAAAGAAGCGAGAGGAAGAGAAGCGCAAAAAGGAGCAAUCUCAAUUACGAUUGACAUCCUUAUUCCAAAAGACCACGCCUACGCAAGACAGCAGUUCACCGCACCAUGUGGAGCAAAAGACGAUCGAACCUGCUAAACCCACUCUAUUCCCAGCAUUCUAUAUCAAAGACCAUGUUCACAUUUCCAACAGGUGCUCAGCUCAGUCAUCACCAAAUAUCUCCAGCUACGACCAAUUUAAAAACGCUACCCAUAACACAUCUGACGUAUCUAUCCAAAAUUUUCUAUCUCAAAUGACCCCUGACACCAAGCAAAAGAGAGGUGUCUCUACGCAUGUUGACAUCAGAACGCUUUUAUUGCCUGGAGCGUCUGAUAUCUUACAAGUGCCCAAUGUGCGCAUGGUGUUGCGCAUGAAAUUGCUACAGUUCAAGGAAGAUGUGAGACCUGCGUACUAUGGCACAUUCACCAAGCAAAGUCGUAUUGUUAGUGGCAGAAGACCGUUUGCUCAAGAUGUAGAUCAACUGGAUUACGAUGUAGACAGUGAGGCUGAAUGGGAGCCUGAGGGAGAGGGCGAAGACAUUCAUAGUGGUGACGAGGACGAUGAUGAUCCCAACACCGACAUGAUUGAUCCAGAGGAUGCGGGCUGGCUCGUGCCAGAGGGCUAUUUGUCUGAUAAUGAAGGUGUCGAAGAAGGAGGAGAGAGAUCAGGCAAACCGUUAUAUCCACAGAACGCAUCGAAGCGAUUGGCUGUGCGACAGGUUGUAUUGGGUCCGUUCUUUGAGGGAGAGGAUGCAGCCAUGGAAGAUGAGGUGAUGCGACCCUUUGAGACACAAUUUUUGGUGGAUGUACCAGCAGAGGGCUUUAAUCCAUUUUACAAGGAACCAGUGUCUCGAUCUGUCAAUGGCAAUACUACAGCGAACGCUACUACUACGUCUACAACUGGCUCACACUCACCUGCUGCUGUUACUAAUACAACCAAUGCCACCAACACUACACCAACUACAAAUCCACCCAAGUUGACGGACGAGCAAUCCAUUGCAUUGAUUAGCGUAAUCAAUGAAAAGCAAUCUGAAAGCAUCCCCAGCUUGAUCAAUGAAGCUAAAGCAAACUCUGUGCUAAAAGAUGUGUCCAAACGAUCACUGGCAGCACAAAUUAAGAGCAUUGCAGUCAAAGAAAAGAGAGGCACAGACACUAGACUCUCUUGGUAUGUCAAAGAUUCUGCUACAUCUCUCACGCCUCCACCACCUCAACCUCAACCUCAACCUCAACCUCCAGCAACGCAAUAA